AUGCUGGCAUCACGGGCACUGCUUACUAAGCAAGCUGCAGCUGUUCUUCUUCGCCAGCCUACGUGCCUGGCACACCAUGGAGGUGACUGGGGCAACUGGGGCAAUACCAACAUUGCUGUGGUAUUCUCAGGCUGUGGCUGGUGGGAUGGUACUGACAUUCACGAGGCUGCAUUCACCAUGUAUCACCUGAGUCGCAAUGGGGCGCGAUUUCAGCUGUUUGCCCCCAACCAGCAGCAAAUGCAUGUGAUGGACCACAUGAAGAUGCAGCCCUCUUCUGGAGAGAACAGGAACAUGAUGAUUGAGUCUGCCCGGUUCUGCCAUGGUCAGGGGAUGAUGCAGAUGCAAGACCUUUCCAAACUGGACAUCAACAGUUUUGAUGCCAUUAUCUUCCCUGGGGGCCAUGGCAUUGUCAAGAACCUAUCCACUUACAACAAGGAUGGCAAAGAUUGCAAGCUGCACAAUGACGUGGAGAGAGUCCUCAAGGAAUUUCAUCGUAACCGCAAGCCCAUUGGCCUGUCCAGCAUGUCCCCUCUGCUGGCCUGUCGGGUUCUGCCCAGUCUGGAGGUGACCAUGGGUUACGAGCGAGAUGAGGGAGACCGCUGGGGUCGCUGGCCCAACACUAACAUGGUGCAGUCAGUCAAGAGCAUGGGAGCACGUCACAACGUCCGCGAGCCUUACGAGGCCUAUGUGGAUGAAAAGAACAAGGUGGUCUCCACUCCGACCUUCAUGUGGGAGACAGACUAUCACUACCACUACAUCUUUGAUGGCAUCGGCAACAUGGUGAAGCACGUCAUGCGAAUGACUGCUAAAUGA